CCCGGCUCGAGCGGAAGGUUCGAAGCGGCGGUCGUUAGCCGGAGGCUGUUUGUGUGUGGGGGAGGGGGAGAGAGAGAGAGAGAGAGAGUGAUCCUCACUGUAACAGAGCUUUUGGGAAGGGAGUGAGGGAGCUCUCUGAUUUUGUGAGGGGGGGUUUCGGCCCCCAUCCCACUCCGAUUAACAUUAGCGGCCAUGGAGCAGGUGGGGAAGAUCGGGAGGAGGAAGGGGGCAGCCCUCAGAGCCCAGUGUGUCUGAUAGCGGCAUUCCCUCACUCACUCCCAUUGUUCCCUCCUCGGUCCCCGGCACUCACUCAUUCAGAUCGCCCUUUGUGUGACCGCAGACAUCCUCAGUCACGGGCGAGAGGGAGCGGAAGCUGCUGCUUACUCAACAACCACCUCCUUUAAAAUAAGGAGAAAGAGAAACGAACACACCUCUCCCCUCUUCCCCCCGCCCCCAAAAUGGACAACAAAUCGUUUGCAAUUGUCCUGGAUGAAAUAAGGAAGGGGGUCCUGACUGAUCAUAAAUUAAAGGCAAUUGAAUACGUACAUGGAUAUUUUUCAAGUGAACAGGUGGUUGAAUUACUGAAGUAUUUUUCCUGGGCAGAACCUCAACUAAAAGCUCUUAAAGCUUUACAGCAUAAAAUGGUAGCCAUCCAUGUAUCUAAAGUAAUAAAUAUCCUUCAUUGCCUCACUUUCACUAAAGAUAAGCUUGUCGCCUUAGAGCUAAUAGCUUUGAAUAUCAUUGAUCCUCAUAACUAUCGACUUAUUGAAGAUAUUUUUCGGGUACACCUGCCAGAAAAGAAACGCUGCAAAAGAAUUCUCGAUCAGGCUUCUAAGGCUGGCUGUAAGGCUCCUCUUGCCAUGCGAUCUUCAUGUGGAAUGAUUCCAGGAAACCCCUAUCCUAAAGGAAAACCCAGUGUGUUGAAUGGAUUGUUAGCAUUUAGAAUGUUUCCCUCUUUUCAGGGCAGUUGGAAGCUACCGCUUGGGCACAGCGGAAAGGGAAGGCUGGUAAACUUGGGUGCUCUAUCUGUUAAGAAAGAAAAUGAAGAUGGCUAUAGUGUUGGCCGAGGGAUAGCGACCUGUAUUCUAGGACCUUCUAAACCAGCACCAGUAACAUACAAUCCUCAUAAGCCUGUUCCUUACCCUAUACCUCCCUGCCAACCACAUGCAACAAUUGCACCAAGUGCAUAUAACACAGCUGGCCUCGUCCCAAUGGGCAGUUUCAUAGCACCUGUUGUAGCACCAGCUGCCUUUGCUCCUCAACAAGCUUUUUCCAGACCAGCCAGCCAAUUGAGUUACAACACAUCUGCCAACUUGCAUACAGCUGCGUUCUCACCACAUGGUUCUUAUCCAUCAGCUCCUUCAACUCCUGUUGCAGCACCUACACUUGUACAAUCGCCUGCAAAUCAACUAGCUUUUGCUUCAGCACCAGGAACUCCAGUCUUUCCAAGGCUUGGCACAUCCACCCCAAUACCUCCUGUUUUUUCAGGUGUUCCUCCAUCAACGGGCUCUUCUGCCCCACCUCCAUAUCCUGAGUGUCAGAAUACUACAUCUGUGAUCUCAGCAGCACCACAGAUGUCUCAGGCUCAUGCUGAAGUAAUAUCAGGAAAUGCUGGCACACCUACUCAUAGUUCAGCUGCCGUAGUGUUAACGUCUAGCUAUAGCAAUACAAACUGCAGCCCUGGUAUGAUGCCACAAACUGGUUCGUCCUCGGGGUUUCAGACAAGUGACAAUUCCAAUACACCUCCAGCUAUGAACAACUCCUUUCCAGGGCUUGUAUCCUUCCCAGGGAUGUCUAUGUUUUUUCAGAAUCAGACUUUAUCUCCUGCAUCUCUGUCUGCACUCCAAGCAGGAAUAACUGUUGCAAAUUUGCCUGGACUUCAGUCAAUUGCAGCUGCAGCAACUUUGGCAGGAAUGCAUUCUUCUGGGGCUGCUACGUCCCUAUCUGCGCUCCAGAAUGGCGUGAUGACAGCUACGAUGCCUGGACUUCAGUCUGCUGUCCCUGUUGCUGGACUCCAGUCAAGUGCUGAUGUUGCCUCUCUUCAUGGACUCCAGAUUACGGCAUCUCUGGGUGGACUUCAACCUAAUGGAAAUUCAGCAUCUCUUGCUGGACUGCAGCCUACAAUAUCUCUUGCUGGGCUGCGAUCUGCUGCAGCAUCUCCAAUUGGAAUGCGUUCAACUGCAGCAUCUCCAGCUGGAAUACGAUCUACUGCAGCAUCUCCAGCUGCACUACAAGCUGCUGCCUCUCUUGCCGGUCUACAUGCUGUUGCUGCCUCUCUCGCUGGACUGCAGUCUGCUGCUGCCAAUUCACACCCUGGACUCCACCCUGCUCCUACAUCAAUCUCUGAACUCCAAUCUGUUCCUGUCUCCCCCUCUGGACUCCAACAUCCAGUUUCCUCUCUCCCUGGGCUCCAGCCUGCUGCUGUCGCUCUCCCUAGAUUGCAGUCGUCUACAACUUUCUCCGGACUUGAUUCUAUUGUGGUGGCUGCCUCUUUACCUGGAUUGCAACCAACUACAAGUUCUGUAUCUCUUCCCAGUCUCCAACCUGCUGUGACUGCCUCAUCUCUGCCUGGUCUUGAGUCUGCAAUGGCUGCUGCUUCUUCACUGCCUGUUCUCCAGUCUGCUUUAAGUGCUGCUUCUUUACCUGGGCUUCAGUCUCUAAGUGCUGGGUCUCUACCAGGAAUCCAAUCUGUAGUAGGUACUCCUGCACUCUCUGGCAUCCAAUCCACUAUGAGUACUACCUCAUUUUCUGACCUCCAGUCCACUGUAGGCACCACUUCUGUCCCCAGUGUACAGUCUGGUGUGAGUAUGGUAUCACCAACGGGCCUACAAUCUAAUGUGGAUACUACGUCUUUACCAGGAUUCCAGACAACAAUGGGUGCUGCAUCUCUUCCUGGAUUGCAAUCUGCUGCAUCGCCAGCUUUACUGCAGGCACAUUCAGCUGCAACGCUGGAGAAUUUUCCAACUCAGGGCAACAAUGGUUUUGCAUGCUACCCAUCCACACCAGGAACUCCAUAUUCUCUGCAACCUGGCUUACCUUCUCAACUAGGGUGGCAGUAGAUAGCGGACUUGCUUUCGACUACCUUCUAAACUUCAGAUAUAAAACUGAUGCUUGUUGAAUUUAUCCAGCUCUUUGAUUAGACAUACAGUAGAUUUAGCAGUGUAUGUAGGUGAAACUUGAUGGUAAUUUUCCUAACAGAAGAUAUCUAAAGAUAUAAAAAUGGUAAAGGAUGAAAUAGAAACAGCAUCUGAAGAUUGAAUUGCUCCUUAUUAGUCACAAUGUCAGUAAACUAGUGAGACUUGCUAAAUGCUAUGUUUCAUUCAAGUGUUAUCUAUGGGACAUUAUAUUAAUAAGUGUUAAUUCAAGGGAACAGUAGCAUGGGGGUGAUGUUACUGAACUAGUAAUCCAGAGGACUGGACUAAUGAACCAAAGCCAUGGGUUAAAAUCCCAUCCUGGAUGGUGGGGAAUUUAAAUUCAGAUAAUUAAAUAAAUUUGGAAUAAAAAGCUAAUAUCAGUAAUGAUGAUCAUGUAACUACUGGAUUGUCAUUUAAAAUCCAUCCAAUUCACUAUUGUCCUUUAGGGAAAUAAAUCUGGUGUCCUUACCUGGUCUGGACUGUGUGACUCCAGACCCACAGAAAUGUGGUUGACUCUUAACUGUCCUCUGAAAUGGCUAGAAAACCACUUAGUUGUCAUGGUUCACUACUUCCUUGAGGGCAAUUAGAGAUGGACAAAAAAUGCUGGCCUUUCUGCAUACUUCCCAUGAAUGAAUCAAAAACAUAUAUUUGUAUAGUCUUUCAAAUACAUUGCAACAGACCAUCCCAGUGGUGUAUUGCAGAAGAUGAACUGCUAGUUAUAGAUUUUCUGAAAACAGUUUCAUUACUGUACUUGUUCUGGCACUGUUCCAUUCAUACUGGUUUUUUACUUCUGGAAAGGUUUAAAACGAAGGUUUGACUCAUGAUAAGUUUAUACUAUUCCCUUAGAGACAAACCAAAUACAUGUUGCAAUCAGAAUUAGCUAAUGGGAUAGAUAUUUCAUUUCUCUGCUCAAUUAUUGGGCCAAGUUGCAUUUGGAGAGAGGGGUGGGAUACUCACUUGGUAACCAAAAGACAUUUGGUUCAAUAGACCAUAUAUGUCUUUGCUCACUAUCCAACCAGAUGUUAUUAGGCUUGUUGACACUUAUAGAAUAAGCUCAGAUAUCCUCUAAUUUCUGACUAAUCAAGUGGCAUAUUAUAGUUUGUGGCAUUGUUUUGAUAAAGAUGUUCUAUUCUUCUUGUUAUCCUUUGAAAAAGGACAAGACUCAUCAGCCUGAGGGAGUCCCUGCCCCACAAUGAUAGAUUUACAACUCUUUCCUCCCCCCCCCACCCCAACUCUAAUCUCUCCCAUACAUCCAACAAAUUUUGGGCAAUGAUAUUGAUUCAGAUCUUCCACUUCUCUCUCUAGGCUCCAAUUUACUCAAUUUUUGCUAAAGUUUACUUAUUGAAAAUGCCCACCUUUAGGCAAACCUUUAAGCAGCUACUGUAAAGAUCGAAAGUUGGGCUUACUGAUUUAUCUUGUUUGCAUACAGUGUUCGGGAUUUUGGUUGCUACAAGAAUGUAAUUUCCAAAAAUGUUCAUGUACUAACCUCGGGUAUGCUCCCAGAAGAGCUAUAUAGAUUUAAUUUUAAAAAGGCCUUUGUAAUUUUUAAAAAAACACGGUUUAAAAGAUUACAGUACUGGUAAAAGAGUUACAGUACUGGUAAAAGAGUUACAAUGUCCUAAGUACACAAUGCAUUUAUCAGCUGAAUGUCAUCAACAUGCAUUGAAUAAAACUCGAAGAUGCAAUUUGGCUUGCAUUAUCUAAAAAGUAUGGAUGGAACUUUCCCAGGCUGUUGGAGAUGGUUUCAGGGGUGAGAAAGUUGCAGAAAAUGACAUCAGGUCAGGAUCCUGAUGUGACCCUGUCCCCUUCCAGCUUUCUCAGGGGAAAGUUGGGAGUGUAGAAGGAGGAACCCCUGAGAUUGAGGUCGGAAGCCAAUUGAAUAUGUAAGGAGGCAAUUAGGAGCAAUUUUGCAUAUAGAUUUCCUCUUGUUCAACAGUGCAAGAGUUCCAACCUGUGUUUGUAUCCCAGCAGGUUCAAGAAGGCAAGUUAAGUGGGAACAACUUCCUUAGUGAAGCUGAUGAGUAGUGAAGGCUUUGAUCAGUUAUACUGAAGACCUCCAGCCAUGGCCAGGUGAGAGGUUGAUGUUCAAAAUGCUCCUAUCAGAGACUGCUUGGCAGGCAAUUGCUUGGGCGGUACUUCACCUGUCCACUGCUUCAUCCACAUUUCUCUGCUUCCAGCCUCCCUUGGCCAUUUUCAUCUAUGCCUGCUUGCUCGGAGAGGCUGCCCUCUUCCUCGUGUCCUUGGGAGCGCUCAACUCACUGCAGUCCCUCUGCUGGUUUUCCAGGAAAGAGUAAAAGACCCAGAAUACAGCAUUCCUAGGCCUCCUCUCCUUUCUUGUGGGUGCUAGCGCUUGAAAAAUCCAUGCACUGCUCAACUUUUCUGAAACAUGUCAAGAGAAAUCCUUCCUCUAAAAAUAGCCAUGUAAUUCUGCUCGCCCUUCCUACUUGGUCAGGGAGCCCGGAGGUGUGUUCUUUAUUGGUUUACUCUGAUAAGGGGUAACAGGAGGUUGGGACUGUGACUCGAGAAUGGUCCCACCAUUGGGUCAGAGACUAAGGUGGUAAGAUUUAUGUUUCUCAAAACAAAUGCUAUCUUGUGCUAAAACUAAUUUACUGACUUAUACCUCUAUUAAUGCCUCGUGUUGAGGAUGAUGCUUCCUUGGAUGGCUGUGUGGAAUAUAUUUAUUCCAUAUACCUGUUAAUUCUUUAAUUAUUUGGUUGGACUUGCAGCAUUUAAGUGAGAGUUAAACCACAUUCAUUAUCAGCAGCGUAAAGCCAAAAUUUGAAAUUGUAACAGAAAUGAUUAAAAACCAAAUUGAACUGUCAUUUUGCAAAACAAAAUAUUUAAAAGUUUAAACAAUGCACAAACUCUUUUCUUCCAGGAUCUGAGUUUGAAUCCAGCUCGGGUUGCAGGAAUAAGAUGCUCCUCUUUGAACCAUACAUAACGAUUGGGAGGAAAAUAACAAUUAAAAAAUAAAAUCCUGGGGUUUAACUCUUCAAUGGGUCAGUCUAAUUCAUACAUUUUGGUUUUUUUAAAAAAGUGUAAGGUCUUGGCACAAUCAAAAUAAUUUAAUACAAUGCAGCAGAAGCUGAGUACUUUUGGAUCCAGGAAAUAAGCGUGUGACUGUUUUUUUUAUAAUGGAAAGUGGCAGUUUUCCGGUAAUUAAAUGGUAAGUUGAUCGUUCAUUCUUUUGAGUAUCGUGGAGACAUUUAUCCACUUGGCACAGUGUGGCUUAUGGAUCCACAAAAUGCUUUCAGGGUUUUGAUCUAAUCCCUGCAUUUGUGCUGUGCCUAUACUAUUCUUUAAUAUCUAGAAUAAUUAGACAUAGAGAAGAUCUUUCUACUUAUUCGGGAGUCCAAAGCAAAGAGUCAUAAGUAUAAGGUAGUGCCUACUAAAUCCAAUUUAGGAGAAAGUUCUUUACCCAGGAAAUUAUUAGAAUGUGGAACUUGAUAACCCAUUGAGUAGUUGAGGUGAAUAGCAUAAUUGGAAGCUAGUUAAGUACAUGAGAGCGAAAGAAAUAGAAGGAUAUACUGAUAAAGCUAGAUGAAGUAGAUAGGGAAGAGGCUCCUGUGGGGAAUAAAUACCAUCACAGAUCUGUUAGACCAAAUGACCUGUUUUUCUCUUGUAAGUGCUGUGUAAUUCUAAGUGGUUUGAAAACUGGCUUAAGCUGAUUUUUUAACCAAUGAAAAUUCCUUUUUUUAAAAUAAAAUUUCUCCUCCAUUCAUCAUCUAUUUUUGCAUAGAAGGAUAGGUGAAUGUUUUAAACAUUAAGGGAAAAAAAUUCAAUAAGCAGAAAAUAAUUAAAUUUAAAAAGUCACAAUAAUAGGAAGGAAGAAAACUGACAUGGCCAACACAAAUUUGCACCUUUUAAAAAAUGUUUGAUGUAAACUUGUGUUUUCAUUCUUUUUAUUAGUAGUUUAGGAGUAAUAUAGCUAUUAAAACUAUUUCUCAUGUUUAAGUACUUUAUUUCUGUCAGAGCUAGAGCCGGAGACAAAUUAAAGCAGUUGAUCAGGGGAAGCAAGACUACCCCUGAUUCUGCUCACCUUUUUAAAGAUUCAAAUAGUUACACUGUAACAGUAUAAAUAUUUUAAUUUACUGCACAUACUAAAAUACCACAGUAAAAUGCUCAACAAAUAAAUGCAGUAAUAAGUCCGUACUGUUAUAUUAGUAUACACAGUAGUUUUUACUGACCAAGCAGUUUAUAUUUGGUGUUCAUAACUUUGAGGUUCUAGUGUGUAUAUUGAGUGACCAGCUAAUAAGUUUUGAUAAUUUGCACUCUGAUUAGAGAUAAAUUUGUAGAUGAAAACAUGAGCAAUAGUCUACUUUUGCAAAUAAACAAAAAUCCAGAAUUCAUUGCUACUAAAAAUUAGUAAACAUUUUACUCUUGACUUGAGUUUUAAAGCAUUUUUAAUGGAAUAUUUGUACUCCAAAACACAUGACAAUGGUCUUAAUCCUUGAGUAUUUGUUUUAGAAAAACAGAAAACAUUUUUCUUCUCUAAACGUUAUGAACAAUGGCCUUUUGGGUUGAAUACUGAGGUUAAGGCUAUUGGUGGACAGUACUGUCAAGCAUAAUGUGAAUUUGCUGGCAUACUAAUCAAAGAGUUGGUACAACAUACACAUCCUGUUAGGAAGUUUCAUUUACAGUGAACCUUGGUUCAGCUACUGAUUCUCUGCAUUCCCUAUGUGUGUUUAACAGAAUUGUAUAAAUUGAACAUUGUUUGUUAUUUAGCCUGUAAAGAGGCUUCAGCUGUAACACAUUUGAAGUUAUACAUGUUCUCUAGUAGCCAUGUUGAUACUGUGUAAGCAGUUUAAAAUCUGUUCUCCUAAUCAAGCUGUAUUGAUUUUAAUUUAACAAUAUUGGAUUAUUGACAUUUGUUGGUAUGAUGGAGUAUCAACUUUAAAAAUAUUUUUAAACUUAAAGCUGUAAAGCUUACAAAAAAUGUGCAUCCUUGACAUUCUUUUUAAAAUGGUAUACAGGAUGCUAAUACGCAAGAAUGGUCAAAUUGGCACUUUCAGAAAACUUUAAUUCUAUAUCAUGUUAAUACAUUUAUGGUAAGUGUGUCAUCAAGAGAAACUUCAUUGUUCCUAAUAUAGUAUAUAGGCUUGCAGGAUAAAAUGAACUUUAUCCUGAGUGCAGUGUAUAUAAGUUACUUGAUCUUUGUUUUGAGCUUUUAUGUCUUGAUACACUAUUUUGGUACACUGUCAGAACUUCUUUUUUGUAAUUGUACACCUUCCAACCCAUGAGUUUGAUUGGGAGGAAGCUCACUUGAGACAUGGACCAGUUGGGCUGAAUUACUUGUUUCUGUAUUGUAGAUUCUAUAUCUACACAGCUUUCAGUUAUUUUUGUAUUGUAUAUAGUUUAUGAUACAAGGUAACAGAUGCUCAAGGAAGCAUUUAUGUGGUUCCAAGGUUUUUUGUAAAUAUAUGCCAACACGCAACAAGAAGCCUCUUACUCAACAUUAAUUCACUUUACCAUCUGUUAUGUAUGUACUGUCUAUUUUUUCUUGAUUUGGGACUGCAUUUUUAAUGAGAUAAGAAAAAUGCCUUAAAAUAACAAAUUAUUGGAUUCUUUAUUGUCACAUCAUGUUGACAUUCUUAAUUUUUUAAAAUUAGCUACAAUCACACAGAUUUUUGUGUCCUAAAUAGAGAACCACUUUGCAGCCUGUCUGCUUGAUCUCAUCCAUUGUAUAGGGUUUGGUUUGACACAUUGGGCAAAAGAAAGGGAGAGAGGAAAUUAAAAUAAAUAAAGAAAAAGAAAUCUUUUCUAAAAAAAAUACGCGUAUUAAAUGUGUUAUUCAAGCACCUUACUACAAAUUUCUGUGGAAUUAAAGAACUAUGAGCACUCUUUUGAAAGAGCAGCAGAUGAGAAUUUGACAACACGUAUUUUUAUAUGGUAUCCAAGAAGUAAAGAUUCAUACUAGCUUCAUCGCUCACUCAUAAAUGAAGUAAAAUGCAAGAAACAACUCUGGACAGAAAUCUCUCUUUCCGUUUACUACUUCAUCUUUACCAAGAGGGUUUUCAAAAUGGCAGCUAUCAUGACAUUAAUAUGGCCCAUGUGCUUGUAAUAUUGAUAAUUAUAACAAAUUUGAUGGUGGAAUUUUUGCUUUUUCAAGCAAUGAGAAUGAUCUUGUGACUUGCUUUUUGUAAUGUGUGACUUUCUUGAUUUACAAUCUGUAUUUGACUUCUCAUUGUUUAUGUUGUGUUCAUAGCAAUGUUACUUUAGUACAUAAGAGAUUGUAUUUAGUUCAAUAACCUAAAAUUAUUGUAUGUAAGUAGGCUAGAAGAUUGCUUUUAUAGUGAUAUGAUCUACUGGAUAAUUAUUACUUCAAAAAAAUGCUUAUGCAAUAAAACAUUUUUGCUAUGCA